AUGGCGUUGUUUUCAAUGUGGGUGCUGGCUCUGCGGCCAGCCCAUGUGGUGGUCUUGCUCAGGUCCCUGGCCUUGGCUUUUGACAGAUUCUGCCAGGCCAACAGUGGUCCCCUGGCCCUGCUGGGCCAAAGUGAGCCAAGCAAGUGGAUACUACCUUCCCCAGGCACCAUCUCAAGCACCAGGGGGGGCAUUCCCCAGUUCUGGAAAUACGAGUUCAGGGUUGGCACAGGCAGCCUGGCCUUGCUGAAGGAGUACUUGGAGCAGCUGGAGGACAUGGCAAAUGUGCCUUGCUCCACCAUUGCUGGUUUUUGCUGCCCUCUGGUGGUCACAAUGAGGCCCAUCCUCAAGGACAAGCUGGAAAGGCUGGUGCAGGCCGGAUGCUCCGUAGGCGGAGAGCACAGUCAACAGGUUCACAUCGGCAUCCCACACCUGCUGAGAAUCAAAAAUCUUUCCCAACCUGACCACGGGGACACUGUGGUGUGCCAGCUGGGGGAUGUCCCAGUGUUUUGGCCUUCUCAGCUGACCAGUCUGGAAGCUGUCAGAAGCUGCAGUGUUCUGAAGACCCAGAUCCCAUUAUUAACUUACCAAGGAGGAUCAGUGGAAGCAGCAUAGGCCUUUCUGUACAAAGGUGGAGACCUCAAGUCACCUAGGUUUGACCAUCUGGUGGCCACAGAGCGCACAGGAAGGGCUGCCCAUGGCAACUACCACAAUGCAAGGAAGGUGAACCUUAAGCACUUGGUUGACCCCACUGACGACUUCUUCCUCGCAGCACAACAGAUUCCUGGAAACUCGUCAACUGGUGUUGGUGAUGGAGGGAAUGAGCUUGGGAUGGGCAAAGUCAAGGAGGCCAUAAGAAAGCACAUUCAAAAUGGGGCUGUCAUUGCCUGUGAUGUGGAGGCUGACCUUGCUGUCAUCACUGGUGAUGUUUCUAACUGGAGAGGCUAUGCCUUGGCCUGUGCACUGCACAUCCUAAACUCAUGUGAGGUACACAGACGUGACCUGAGGAAGACAACUGGACCUCCCGGAGCACCUGCGGAGUGGGUCUGGACUCAGGCCCUCCCAUCCAUUACUAAGGAAGAAAAAAUGUUGGCCAUUCCGGUGAAACACAAAGCCCACAGUGGAGUUUCAGGCAUUGUGGCCAUGGAGGUGGACAGGCUGCCCUUCCACAGCACCCACGCAGAGAUGCCCCAGAAGCUGGUGGACGUCACCACGGUGCACUUGUGA